AUGCGAGUUAGGGAAAACUUGCAUUUAUGUCGGAUUCUCAGUGAAAAUAAAAGCCAUGACAGUUCGACUUACAGAGAUUUUCAGCAAGCUCUGUAUGAAUUGUCAUAUCAUGUCAUUAAAGGAAAUUUAAAGCAUGAACAGGCAUCUACUGUUCUUACUGAUAUUAGUGAAUUUCGUGAGGAUAUGCCAUCCAUCCUUGCUGAUGUAUUCUGCAUAUUAGAUAUUGAGACAAAUUGUUUAGAAGAAAAAAGCAAGAGAGACUAUUUUACACAAUUGGUAUUAUCCUGUUUGUAUUUAGUUUCAGACACAGUUCUGAAGGAACGUCUGGAUCCAGAAACAUUGGAAUCAUUAGGGCUUAUCAAACAAUCACAGCAGUUCAAUCAAAAGUCAGUUAAAAUCAAGACAAAACUCUUUUAUAAACAGCAAAAAUUCAAUUUGCUAAGAGAAGAAAAUGAAGGGUAUGCCAAGCUGAUUGCUGAAUUGGGGCAAGAUUUAUCUGGAAAUAUUACUAGUGAUUUAAUCUUAGAAAAUAUCAAGUCUCUAAUAGGAUGCUUUAAUCUGGAUCCCAAUAGAGUAUUGGAUGUCAUUUUAGAAGUGUUUGAAUGCAGGCCAGAACACGAUGACUUCUUUAUAUCUUUAUUAGAAUCUUACAUGAGUAUGUGUGAACCGCAAACACUGUGUCAUAUUCUUGGGUUCAAAUUCAAAUUUUACCAG